AUGAACAAUGUAAGUUCUAUACGAAUUAUACAUAGUGCAUUUUCUUUUAACUCCUUAAAAAGAUGCAGCUAGGGUAUUUCCUUGGAUAAAUAAUACAAUAACCCUUACUAUACUCAAAUACAAGCAGUGGCAUAGCCAGCCCAAUAUCCUGGGGGGGCAAUGCAAAUUUUAGUUGUGUUCAUUGGACUAUGAAAGCAAUCAACUUAUGAAGAAAUGAAUGUUUGCUUAAUGAUUUGAAAUUUGCUUUGCCACCCCAGAAAUAUUGGACUGGCUAUGCCACUGACUUUAUAAGAGAAACAAAAUUGAUUAUUAUAUUUAGUGUUGCUAUUAAAUUAUUAAUCACUCCUGACCAUGCAACAGUUAACUGCUGGUUGAAAUACUAUUCUUACAUUUAGUUAGCGUUGACACACACACUGACAACAAAGCUAACAGUUCUGAUGGAAAACCAGACAAUGUCACUGAUGGACAACCAACCAAGUCACUGAUGGACAGCCAGACAAUGUCACUGAUGGACAGCCAGACAAUGUCACUGAUGGGCAGCCAGACAAUGUAACUGAUGGACAGCCAGACAAUGUCACUGAUGGACAGCCAGACAAUGUCACUGAUGGACAGCCAGACAAUGUCAUUGAUGGACGAGUCAGCAUUCAAGGAGGAACAGAUGAAACCAGGAAUGUAAACAACAAUCCGUCAAAUGAUCAUGAACUGCCUGUGAAAUACACCUUGCCAUUCAAGGUUUUGGGCUCAGCGCACAACCUGAAUGACCAAAAACAUUUAAAGGCUGCAUAUAAUCUAUGGAAUUCAGGAGAGACCAGUCUGGAUGUGUUAAUGUGCCCUGAAAAGAAUAACAAGUUUGAUCCAAAGGCCAUUGCAGUUUCUUUAAAGUAUAAUUGCACUGGGUUUCACAGG